AUGAAUGCCGUGAGGAAUGAUAUAUCGCGGCCACUCACCAUGACUAGCCUUUCAGCGAAACAAGAGUCGAAUAACAAGAUACCGCCAGCGAGAACGUCUUAUCCGGCGGUUGAAGCUCAGCCGCUGCAUUCCUUUCCUCUUUCGAGCAACAGCAACAAAGUGCUUGGAAACGGUCAUACAGCAGACGAAGACAAGAAGAGGGAGAAAGAGCAUAAGAGGAGAUCGAAGAACUGGACGCGAAUUGAGACGAUGAAGCUGAUAAGGUUUAGAUCGGAGAUGCAGCCAAGGUUCUUAAGAGGUGGCAGGAAAUCGGAGCUUUGGGACGAGAUUUCGGAGGGUCUUAGAAGUGAGGGUAUUUGCAGAGACACGCAGCAGUGCAAAGAUAAAUGGGAGAAGCUCACGGCGGGGUACAAGGAAGUUCGAGAGGGCAUUCGAGACAAGGAUGACUAUCCGUUUUACGACGAACUCGAUCCUCUUCUAUCAGGAAAAGCUCAGAGGAGAGAAACUCUAAUUCGAACUCAACUUCGAAGACAAUGUCAAGGUAUCGAGUUGCCGAGAGAAAUCGAGAUGGAGAUCUCGGGAGGAGAAGAUGAGUUUAUCCGAUCGGACGGCGAAGACACAGAAGAAGACACCAAUGAAUUUCCAGCGAGGAAGCGGCAGAGAUCUUUAAAUUUUAGAAAUGACGAAAUGAUAGAAGCUUUUAAGGAUCUCUUCGACAGUUUUUUAACAAGACAAUCCAGAUUAUUUGUGGAUCUCCUUGAAUCAAUGGAGCGGAGAGAGAAAAUACGCGAGAAAAUUCGGCUAGAAAGGGAAGAAAAAUGGCGGGAAGAAGAUCGACAACAUCGACUAAUGUUCCAAAACGCCAUGACUCUCUUCAUGAAAAAGAUCGUUCACGAAGGAGUAAGAUGCACUUCAGACUCUGCACCGUGCCACCAUGUGAACGAACCAGCCUCUACUCCAAUAGCAGAAACUGCCGUCACAACCGCUGGCGGUGGCGGGGGAAGCGGAGGAGGGAGUGCGGCGAGAAAAAGAUCGAAGAACUGGAAGAGGGCGGAGGUGCUGCUGCUGAUAAAGCUGCGGACGGAGAUGGAAGGGAAGUUCGCCAAGUCGACGAGGAGGGCGGUGCUGUGGGAGGAGGUGGCGCAACUACUGUGCGCCGAGGGGGUGCAGAGGGACGGAAAGCAGUGCCGGGAGAAAUGGGAUAAGCUGAUGGCGGAGUACAAGGAGGUUUCAGACGGGAAGCGAGACCGUGGAGACAGCCCUUACUUUGCAGAUCUUCUUGCCACUGUCACACGUGCUGGUUCUGGUUCCGGUUCUGCUUCUUCCUCCUCUCCCGAAUCUCCGAUCACGAAUAUCAACACCGUUCUCGAUUGA